AGUUUUGUUGACUGCUGCCAUGUCCAACCCGCUCGAGAACGUCUUAAGACCUACAUCGGCCUCUGCCACUACGGCAACAGGCUCACAAAUGGACUCGACGAACGCAGGAGGCACCGAUGCUUUGUUCAGGAUGUUCGGUGGCACUACGAAGGGCUCACAACUAGGCGGUGAGAUGAGACUGACCGGAGGACAGCUAUUGGCUACACCUACAACAGCACCGUCAGCUCCUAGACGUACUACCGUUAUGCUACGGAAUGUUCCCAAUGAUUUGGGCUCAUUGGACCUCAUAGCUAUCAUCAAUCAAGAGGGCUUCAAAGGUGCAUAUGACUUCCUCUUUAUGCCGCACGAGAGGACUCCUUCAUCCCAACCGGACAUCAAAACCAAAGGCUACGUCUUCAUCAAUUUUCUAUCAGAAGGGCUGGCUCACAUGUUCCGCAAGAUCUUCCAAGGGAAGCCUCUCACUGGCCGAUUCCUUCUGAAAGUCGGUGACGUCUCUGAUGCCAAGACCCAGGGUUUCGUUGAUAAUAUGUUACCCCAUCAGAGUCGAGCUCCUAUGGGACUUCACGUCUUUGGAUGCCCGGAAGGCACAGAGCUGGUCCGUGGUGGCCGACCGAUUCAACUAUCACUACAGGAGAUGAUAGAACGCAAUAGGGCUGCUACUGAGAAAGCUGAGCGAGAAUCCGCCAUCAUCGACGAGCUCGUGAGCAAGGGUGAAGUAGAGACAAUGUUCGACCUCAAGCCUCGAUUGGUGUCCUAUGAGAUUAUGCAGAAGAAGCAGGGAGGAUCAACGGCUACUCCAUCACCUCGGGAUGGCCAGCAGCAGAGCACUUACCAUAUGCGGGCUGAUGCUCCUGAAUUUAAACCAGCUGGUAUGACGCCAACGCCCAAGCCUAUAGCACCAAAGGCAUCGGUAAUGAUGCAAGCUCCAGCUGCCAAGGCACCACAGGUUCGAACCCCUGCUCCGGCACCUGAAAUUCCGAAACCGCAAACGUCGAGAACCGAUGCACCAGCAGCAGCGGCAGCAUCAUCAACGAAGCAGUCUUCCCCCGAUAACGCCUCGCCUAAGAUGUUUUUAAUAUCGGAUCUCGUUGCUCUGAAGAAUCUGGUCACGUGUGCGAAUGCUGAGGACCAGAUGUCCACUGAAGAAAUCGGCAGAGUCCUCAACCAGUGGCAGUUGGUCCCGAUCAAGGCCGAUGAGAGAGACCUUGGUCCUGGUGUGCCUCCUGAAUCUAUGGCUACCUCGGACCAGUUCGUAAGCGCUAUUGAGCGAACUAAGGCUAAGGCAGCGGCAGAGAAUGGCGAUGCGCUCGUUGGUGUCCUAUUCUGCGAGUCACUGCUAAGAGGUGUCUCGGCGGCUUUGAUUGGUAGUAUGAGGAAAGUCGAUGUUCUCAUGCUGCAGACAGGAGCUGACGCGGCCUCUCAGCAGCGCGCGAAUCAGAUCAUUGCUCGUAACGAACCUUUUAUGUAUCCGGUACGCUGCCGAACAGUGACCUCGAUUGCGUCUAUGAUAGCACAUAUGAGUACCAUGGCAGUACCCAAGAGCUCUCCAGCAGCAGCAGCAGCAGCAGGAGCAGCAGCGUCCAAUGUGGCUGGUAAAGCUAGUGGUAUUCAAGGGGCCGCAGCUGCUCCCAAGGCGGCGGCUAGGCUUGAACAGCAGCAGCAACCAGUACAGGGGGCACAGAAGCAAGACCAGCAGCAGCAGGGAGCAGUUAGUGGAGGCGCUCAAUUGGCGCCUAACACGCAGCACGUGGCACGAUGCUUCUGGCAUCCUACUGAUCCGAACCAGCUACGUGUUGAUACUGGAGAUGUGAUGGUGGUAAAGUCAGUGUCAGCAGAUGGACUCUGGGCUUGGGCCUUGAAUCUUCACACACCUGGGCAGCAGCAGCAGCAGCCCCAGCAGCAGCAGAAGCCUGGAUGGGUGCCUACCAGUGUUUUCAACAGUCCUAGGUCUCAGCAAGCCCAACCUCAACAACAGGCAACGAACGUGGCAGCUCAGGGAGGACGGCCACGCUCAGCUAUGAGUGAGCUGGCGGCUAAGCUUGAAGCCCAGCGAGGUAGAAUGCUCCCUGUCACCACCAGAGGAGGCCAGCAACAGCAGCAGCAGAAGGGUCGUGGUGGUCAGGAACUAAUGGUAGUGGCAGCGUCCAUGAGACCAGGAGCUCCUCCGGUCGGGACAAUUUUACAGCUCGACAGUGUGAACCCAGCGGCAGGAACAAUGGCUGUAUCGUGGAACAACGGCAUGGAGUCGGGAGUUCUCCCAAUCGACCUUACAAACUACGAGUCGUUGCCUCACAUGAAGCAAGGGAAGCACAGAGGUCCGCAACAGCAUCAGCAGCAUCAGCGUCGCUAUCAUUAGCUGAUACUAGUAUCGAGGAUUUCAACGUCAUCGUCAUCAUCACCAUCACUACUACUGCUAUCACGACAAGCUAUCUGUCUCGUACAUUCAUUUUGCCUCCUAGCAGCUGUCAACGACAGGGAGGAGGAGGAGUGUGUCUGUGGGUGGCGUAGCUUUAACAACAGUAGGCGCAGUCAAGAUCUUGAGCUCUGCAAAAAUGUAUUGAAUCUGUUUCUUUUUCGACACCUCAACUUUUCGCCUUUCAGUUCGCUAAAGGCCUAUCCAC